AUGGCCUAUUUUGGACAUCGACUGGGACUGCUGCACGUCUUUAGCGCAAAUUUGUCCGUUUUUAGACUCUUCCGCUCGGCCGGGAUGGACAGCAUGGGUCUGGGCGUUAGUCGCUCGCCAUUGGAGCGACUCGACUUCGAUAACAUAGCUCUCAAGAAACUUCCUCUGGACGAGUCUGAGGAACUAGGAGUACGACAGGUGAAAGGAGCAUGUUUCUCACGGGUAAAGCCGCAGCCGCUGACCAAGCCUCGUUUCGUAGCCGUGUCUCACGAAGCCUUGGCGUUGUUGGGUCUCGAUGGGGAAGAGGUAAUGAACGACCCAUUCGGACCGGAGUAUUUGAGUGGGUCCAGAUUGAUGCCUGGGUCCGAGCCUGCCGCACACUGUUACUGUGGGCACCAGUUCGGUCAGUUUGCCGGACAGCUCGGUGACGGGGCGGCCUGUUAUCUGGGGGAGGUGAAGGUGCCACCCGGCCAGGAUCCUAAACUGCUUAAGGAAAACCCGAACGGUCGCUGGGAGAUUCAGGUUAAAGGAGCAGGGAUGACUCCUUAUUCCAGACAGGCAGAUGGACGUAAGGUCCUUCGAUCAAGUAUACGGGAGUUCCUGUGCAGCGAGGCCAUGUUCUUUCUGGGCAUUCCUACCACCAGAGCGGGAUCAGUGGUGACCUCUGACAGUGAGGUCAUGCGGGACGUCUACUACAGUGGGAAACCUCGCUUUGAGAAAUGUUCUGUGGUACUCCGUGUUGCUCCCACUUUCCUAAGGUUUGGAUCUUUCGAAAUCUUCAAGAAGUCAGAUGAGUUCACAGGCCGCCAGGGUCCCAGCUAUGGGCUGGAUGAGAUCCGACGUCAGAUGUUGGAUUAUGUCAUUGAGAUGUUUUACCCUGAGAUUCAGCAGAAUCACACAGACAGAGUGGAGAGGAACGUGGCCUUUUUUAGAGAGGUAAUGCUUCGUACGGCUCGACUUGUAGCACAAUGGCAGUCUGUGGGUUUCUGUCAUGGAGUACUAAACACAGACAACAUGAGUAUCCUGGGACUCACACUGGACUAUGGACCAUAUGGCUUCAUGGACAGAUUUGAUCCAGAUUUCAUUUGUAAUGCUUCUGACAACUCCGGCCGUUACUCCUACCAGGCCCAGCCAGCUAUCUGCAGGUGGAACCUGCUGAAGUUAGCAGAGGCUCUUGCCCCGGAACUACCACCAGACCGAGCUGAGGUUGUUAUGGACGAGUACUUGGCUCUGUACAAUGAUUUCUACCUGCAGAACAUGAGGAAAAAACUGGGCUUAUUGAAGAAAGAGGAGCCUGAGGAUGAAAUGCUAAUCACUGAGUUGCUGCAGACCAUGCACAACACAGGUGCCGAUUUUACCAACACAUUUCGCAGCCUCAGUCAGAUUUCCUGUCCUGCAAAAGAAGAGGAGGAGCUUGUUAGAGGAGCCACAUCGCUCCUGCUGGAACAGUGUGCGUCACUGGAGGAGCUGAAGGCAGCAAACAGACCCACUAUGGACCCACGUGAGCUGUCUAUGCUGCUGUCCAUGGCACAGAGCAACCCGUCGCUGUUCCACAUGAUUUCAGACCGGAUGACGAUAUCCAGGCAGUUAGACAAACUCAGCAAACUGAAAGAUCUAAUGGAGACCAGCCAGGAAGAGUUAACAGCCAAACAGAGUGAGGAGUGGACUAGUUGGAUCACGCGCUACAGGAAACGUCUGUCUCGAGAGUUGGAGGGUGAGUCUGAUGUGAGGGCUGUGCAGGAGGAGCGGCUGAGGGUAAUGUACAGCACCAACCCUCGUGUGAUACUCAGGAACUACAUUGCCCAGAAUGCAAUAGAAGCCGCUGAGAAUGGAGACUUUUCUGAGGUGCGGCGGGUCCUCCAGGUUUUGGAGAAGCCCUUUUCAUCACAGCCAGGCCUAGAGCUUCCUUCCUGGGUGGGCACAGGGGGUACGGCCGAACCAGGGGAAAGGGACGAAGACCAGGAGCAGCAGCAGGAGGCUGCAACUGCGUCGUCAUCCUCAGCUAGACAUCCUACUCCUUAUGACAGCAAACCUCCAGCCUGGGCGCAAGAAAUCUGUGUGACAUGAUCUUCAUAAUGACUUUCCUGAAUCCCAGCUUGCCUGUCCUGAAUGAAAACCGAAUAUUUAGUCUGUUAUUGCUUUGAUAGAUCUGGAGAGACGCAUUCUCUCUAAUGACUAGAGACAAAGGGACAGGGGAUCAGGAAAGUGAACCUAAGGUAUGACUGACCACAGUAAGUCCAUUUGAUACAAAGCAGGCGGGUGCUGAGCUGGCUUUGGUGGUUUCUGUACAAAACAUGAUACAUUUUUGAUACAAUGUCAUUUAGAUUUUAAAUACCACGUUCCAACGCUCAGCUCCUCCCCUGACUGUUUUGUUGUCAAGUGGAUCUGAAUGAAGAACCAGGCAACAAGUCCUGUAGUGACCUGUCUGACUCGGAUAAACUGUGUGAGGAUACCUUCUAUAUACCAAAACAAAUGUAGGUUGUGUCUGGAAGAGCUUGUUUUAUUUUGAAAAUCUUGAAACAGCUCUUUAAAGCCGCUUAAUAGAAACGCACAUUGUUUUAUUUAAUCUCUCGUCACAGGAUUGCAAUCUUGAUUAUUUACUUAUAAACCGUUUUGUUUAGUCAUAUAUGACUGGGUGUAGGGAGCAUUAAGUUUGUUAAGAUGUUUAAUAUUAAUGUUGGGUUAGCGAACUUCAUUUUGAUUUGGUGUAAUGGAGGUGUAGCAGAUGAAGCUGAGCCUUUCACAUUGAUGUUGGUUUGAACUCCAUUUGAAUAUUGUUCAGUCAUUAUAAAAAUGAAAAUAAAGUCCUUCUACUACAAUAAACUAA